AUGGCCUCCAGGUCGUCCUCUAUCCUCCUCGCCGCCGCGGCGCUGGCCGCGCUUCUGGUCGUUGGCUCCUGCGCCUCCGCGCUCACCUUCAAGACCGGCCCGGGCUGCAGCAAAACCAAACUGGUCCUCAUCCCCAGCGCCGCUAUCUCCGAGGUGGAGGUCAAGGAGAAGGGCGCCGACGACUUCACGGCGCUCAAGGAGGGGCCGACCGGCACCUGGACCCUCGAGGGCAAGGAGGCGCUCAAGGGCCCCUUCUCCAUCCGCUUCGCCGCCAAGUCCGGCGGCUACCGCGUCAUCGACGACGCCAUCCCCACCGACUUCAAGUCCGACUCCGACUACAAGACCAGCAUGCAGGUCUAA